AUGCACCAGGAUGGACUAGGCUUUGCCCAAGAGGUGGUGUUACCUGAGAGUAUAAAUAAAGCAGUUGGGGAGAAUGUAGUGAUUACCCCAAUCCGUCUUCCUGAUCCCCCUUACUACAUAAUCAGAUGGAGGGUUAAUACGACACUCAUUCUUGGUGGAACACUAAGUGCAAUUGAUAUACAACCAUCGUACAAAGACAGAGUCGGCCUGAACACCACGACUUUAGCUCUGGAGCUCAGGAGCCUGACUGAGAGUGAUACUGGACAAUAUUUUCUGACUGUAGAUACUCUUUCACAAUCUUUCACUGGUCAAACCUCACUGCAGGUGCUUGUUCCAGUCUCCAGUGUUACCAUUGUACCAAGCCAAACAGAGCUGGUUGAGUUUAACAGCACUGUGAGUUUCGUCUGCUCUGCGUCUGGCUCCUUUCUUUCAUUUAUUUGGCUGAAUGGCAGCUCUGAGAUAACAGCAGGGGUGCGAGUUCAGCUAACAGACAACAACAGCAGUCUGACCAUUACCAGUGUGAUCAGAGGUGACACAGGCCCGUACGUGUGUGAAGCAUCCAACAGCAUCAGCAGAAAAAAGAGUCUCCCAUUGAGCCUCAUCAUUUACUAUGGUCCUGAAAAUGUUGCUGCUGCAGCAGAUCCAGUGAAACCCUUCUACAGCUCUGGGUCUAAUAUCAUAUUGACCUGCUCAGCUGUGUCCAGUCCUGCUGCUGAGUUUCAGUGGGCUGUGAAUGGAACAGAGCUUGGUGAAAUGGGCCGAGAGCUCAAACUGGGCAACAUUCAGAUCAGUCAGAGUGGCAAUUACACCUGCAUAGCCCAUAACAAACAGAGUCUGAGAUACUCUGUGUCUCAACCCAUCAGCGUCACUGUACUAGAUAAAGGGAAUGCAGGUGGAGACUCACUGUCUGCAGGAGCUAUAGCUGGGAUUGUUAUUGGGGUUUUAUUAGGGGUCGCUGGAAUUGCUGGUUUGAUUUUCUACUUUGUGAAAGUAAAAGAAAUGCCAAGAACAAACUCCAGAGGAAAUAACCAGAGUGGAGCACAGCUCUCUCUUUUUGAGACGAUUAUUGAGUAUCAGUGGUGGAGCUCCGGAUCUCUCCUGAUGGAUUUACACGCUGUGUGCUGCACUCUGCUCCUGCUGACAUGUUCAGGACUAGGCUUUGCCCAAGAGGUGAUAUUACCUGAGAGUAUAAAUAAAGCAGCUGGGGAGAAUGUAGUGAUUACUCCAAUCCGUCUUCCUGAUCCCCCUUACUACAUAAUCAGAUGGAGGGUUAAUACAAUGACCAUUCUUGCUGGACCAUUGAAUGCAAUUGAUAUACACCCAUCGUACAAAGAUAGAGUCAGCCUGGACACCACGACUUUAGCUCUGGAGCUCAGGAGCCUGACUGAGAGUGAUACUGGACAAUAUUCACUGACUGUAAACACUCUUUUAGAUACUUUCACUGGUCAAACCUCACUGCAGGUGCUUGUUCCAGUCUCCAGUGUUACCAUUGUACCAAGCCAAACAGAGCUAGUUGAGUUUAACAGCACUGUGAGUUUCGUCUGCUCUGCGUCUGGCUCCUUUCUUUCAUUUAUUUGGCUGAAUGGCAGCUCUGAGAUAACAGCAGGGGUUCAGCUAACAGACAACAACAGCAGUCUGACCAUUACCAGUGUGAUCAGAGGUGACACAGGCCCAUACGAGUGCGAAGCAUCGAACAGCAUCAGCAGAAAAAAGAGUCUCUCAUUGAGCCUCAUCAUUUACUAUGGUCCUGAAAAUAUUGCUGCUGCAACAGAUCCAGUGGGACCCUUCUACAGCUCUGGGUCUAAUCUCAUAUUGACCUGCUCAGCUGUGUCCAGUCCUCCUGCUGAGUUUCAGUGGGCUGUGAAUGGAACAGAGCUUGGUGAAAUGGGCCGAGAGCUCAAACUGAGCAACAUUCAGAUCAGUCAGAGUGGCAAUUACACCUGCAUAGCCCAUAACAAACAGAGUCUGAGAUACUCUGUGUCUCAACCCAUCAGCAUCACUGUACUAGGCUCUCCAGGCCCUUUCAAUAUGUUGGGGAUGGUUGACAGUGUGAUGGUUGUACCCUAG